GUUUCGUGUUUAAUUUCUCCCUGCUUUUGUUUCUGUUCCUUGUUAUGGAAUCACUCCUCGGCGGCGGCGGCUCCACUCUUGACCUCAUUCGCGAGCACCUGCUCGCCGACGUCCCGUUAACUCCGCUCUCCUUCGUCCUCCCCCCUCCGGCGCCUGCGGUCGCUCGUCCCCGCGAAUCGGCUUUCUGCUUCCCCGCGCCGGCCGCCCCCAUGAUCCGCUUCGGCCCCGAUCCGCCGCUCCCGCUUCCAGAUCUCUGGCCGUCCCUCGCCGUCGCCCUCCCCCGGGCUCGACACCCGGACUGGGCCGCCGCGGGGGAAGACCAGGGCCGGCGAUAUCGCGGCGUGCGCCAGAGGCCGUGGGGGAAGUUCGCGGCGGAGAUCCGCGACCCUAAGCGGCGGGGGUCGCGAGUCUGGCUUGGGACCUUUGAUACCGCCGUGGAUGCCGCCCGCGCGUACGAUCGCGCCGCCUUCCAGAUGCGCGGCCGCAAGGCCAUCCUCAACUUCCCCAACGAGCUCGGAUGCUCCGCAGCCGAAUCGGAUGUCCCCCUUCCUCCUUCUCCGCCUCCUCAUCCUCUUCCAGCAGCCCCGGCUGCGGCGGUGGCGGCAGCAGGAGGUAAGAGGAAAAGAGGAACGGAGACGGAAACAUCAAGCGACAUCAAAAUGUCUCGAUUCUCUGAGUCGGAGGCGGCAGAGGACCUCCUCCUCUGCCCCUUGUCUCCGUCGAUCUGGAACAGCCUGUGGGACUUGGAGGUGGAUGAGAUGAAGAGCGGCUUGUUCGCCGUCCCGCCGCUGUCGCCGAUGGGCCUGGCGGCCCAAUUGCUAGUGAACUGACCGUGGGAAGCAACUCAGAAUUAAAUUUAAAAAAAAAAUAAAAUACCAUACAUUAUUCAGCCUGUAAUUUUAUCUAAAAAAAUAGCUUUAGUGUCUAAUAAAUUACUUUUUUAAAAUUCAGGUAAAAUAUUUUU